GCGGCGCAUGCGCAGUGCAGCGAGGGGAGGGAGGUAAACAAGAUGGCGGCAGCCUUGAAGCAGCAGCAGCUGUGAAGAACAGAUGCGAGAAAAUAAACGAAUGAGGAGCAGAACGGGAGCAGGAACGCGAGUAUAUGAGUCUUCGAGUCGUGCCGGUGAUCACAGCCUCAGGUUUGGUCAUGGAUUUCCCGUAAUGCUGGAGUUGAGUCAGUAAUCCUCACCCAAGAGAGCGUUCACGUGCUUCUGGAAAGGAUGCGAGGUUUGAUUUUUGCGUGUUGAGAUCUGCAGAGAUGUCCGGAGCUCCGGUGAUCCCCAGUGUCGGCUAAUAAAGCCCCGGGACUGAAGCGUAACGCCAGCGGCGGGUUCUCAGAGACUCAUCGAGACACGGUUUGUUUUCGGGGAUUGUUCGGAUCUGUUUCACUGAGCGAUGCUUCUGCUGCGGUUUUCAAUCGCUUGACUGAUCUUCCCAAUCUCGACUGCUCCUCCGUUGCUUCGGAAAACUAAUAUUCCCGGCGAGCGAUCGGUAAAAGAGCGCGGGAUCGGAGGAGCGAGAGGCCCGGGAAGAUGAGUGUAGGUGGAGAGCUCCAGCACCUGGACUACCUGACGGAGAGCGAGCUCAUGGGGAUGGACACCUUCAUCCACCGCAUCGACUCCACCGAGGUCAUCUACCAGCCCCGACGCAAGCGCGCCAAGCUGGUCGGGAAGUACCUGAUGGGGGAUCUGCUCGGGGAAGGGUCCUACGGGAAGGUCAAGGAGAUGCUGGACUCGGAGACUCUGUGUCGCAGAGCCGUGAAGAUCCUGAAGAAGAAGAAACUGAGGAGGAUUCCCAACGGAGAGGCCAAUGUGAAAAAGGAGAUUCAGCUGCUGAGACGACUACAACACAAAAACAUCAUCCAGCUGGUGGAUGUGCUGUACAACGAAGAGAAGCAGAAAAUGUAUAUGGUGAUGGAGUACUGUGUCUGUGGAAUGCAGGAGAUGUUGGACAGCGUUCCAGAGAAGAGAUUUCCAGUUUUUCAAGCUCACGGGUACUUCUGCCAGCUUCUGGAUGGUCUUGAAUACUUGCACAGCCAGGGAAUAGUACACAAAGAUAUUAAACCAGGGAACUUGCUGCUCACUACAGACGGGGCGCUGAAGAUCUCAGACCUGGGUGUAGCAGAGGCGCUCCACCCGUUUGCGGAGGAUGACACGUGUCGGACGAGUCAGGGGUCGCCAGCGUUCCAGCCUCCGGAGAUCGCCAACGGCCUGGACACGUUUUCAGGGUUCAAGGUGGACAUCUGGUCUGCUGGGGUCACACUAUACAACAUAACCACGAGCCUGUACCCGUUUGAGGGGGACAACAUCUAUAAGCUAUUCGAGAACAUUGGGAAGGGUGACUACACUGUUCCUGAGGAGUGCGGCCCGCUGCUCUCGGACCUGCUGAGAGGGAUGCUGGAGUAUGAUCCUGUGAAGAGGUUUUCAAUACAGCGCAUCAGACAACACAACUGGGUGCGUAAGAAACACCCGCCCUCGGAGCCUCCCGUGCCCAUCCCCCCCAGCGCAGAGACGCGCGACCGGUGCCGGAGCAUGACGGUGGUGCCGUACCUGGAGGAUCUCCACGGUUACGCUGAGGAGGAGGAGGAUGACGAGCUCUUCGAUGGGGAGGAUGACAUCAUAUACACUCAGGACUUCACCGUACCAGGGCAGGUUCUGGAGGAUGAGGAAGAAGAGCGCGCUCCGGAGCGCACCUGUGCCGUGGUCAAACCGGUGUGUGUGAACGGGACCGAGUCGGCCGCACUGAAGCCCAAAUCGGAGCGGCGCUCCAGCUCUUCCUCCAAUCCCUCCAGGAAGGGCAUCUCCGCCGCCAGCAAGAUCCGCAAGCUCUCCACCUGCAAGCAGCAAUGACUCGAAGCAGCUGCUGCGCUCCUCUAUACAGGUGACACUCAUCAUGAGGAGCUGUGAGCGUUAUG